UUAAAUUUGAAAAGAGUUACUAACAAUCAGCAGUCACCUCGAGCUCGAGCACCAAAUCAAUGGCGCCCACUUCCAAAUCAAAAUUCAACACCAACUCAUCAUCUUCUUCACAAUUCCUCAACAUCGCAUUCGACGACGACGAUUUCCAAGAAUACCCUUCCCCCUCUCUCUCCGCCGCUCCCAGAACCAGCUCACUCCCGCCGCCGCUCAAACCAAGCAAUUUGACCCCGCACCGCCCAUCGAAAACUCCGAAAAGACGGAAACGGGCGAAUCCGGGAAAGGAAAAUUGCAUCUUUGAUGAAGCAGAGCUGGAUUUGGGUUGUGGGCUGGACUCAAUCGAACCGACCCUUGAUUUGUUGAAUAAUAGUAAAAGGGUAAGUGAUUGCACACACGCUGAUAAUCUGGCGGAGUCGCGAAAUUUAGAGUCAGUCGGAGAAGAGGAGGAAGGAAAUUACCACGAAGUGGCUUCGGAAGGAAGCUCCCGGCUCGAUGUGCUUCUCAAGCUGUGUGCUGAGGUUGAUGAGCAGGGUAGUGAUGAUGCUGGGGAUGAUUCCAGAUGCGAUGCUGUGAUUUCUUGCCCUAUUUGUGGGGCUGAUUUAUCGGAGUUGAGCGAUGAUCGGAGGCAGAUUCACACUAAUGAGUGCCUGGAUAAUGUGGAGGCCCCUGUUGCUGUGGCUGCCGGUAAUGAUGACACAGGAGCUUAUCAGUGUCCCGGCCAAGUAUUUGAUGGCACGCCUCUAAAACCUGUGACAACUGAUGUGGAUGUUUCUCCAGUUGUAGAGUGGCUACGCAACUUGGGCCUCGGAAAAUAUGAAGAAAUUUUUGUAAGACAAGAGAUUGACUGGGAUGCACUGCAAAGGCUGGAAGAAGAGGAUCUAUGCAAAAUCGGCAUUACAACACUGGGUCCAAGAAAAAAAAUUCUUUAUGCUCUCAGCGAGCUAAGGAGCGAUUUGAAUAGGACGGUGGAACCAAAGGCAAAUCCCUCAAGAAGUGUACCAGAUGAAACUAAACUAGGGACAAACAAGUUAAUAACAGAUUUUUUUUCAGGUCCUCUCCCUGUAAGAAAAAGAGGUGAAAGUGGUACUAAUGGACAAAGUAGUGUUCCGAGAAGUAAGGCAAAUACUAGCCAUAGAAGAACUGAAAAGAAAGAUCAUAUGAGAAACAGGAAGCAGAAAGAUGUUCCUCCGUGGUGUAGCAUACCUGGAACACAAUUUCGUGUGGAUGGCUUUAAGUAUCUAAGAAGAGAUUGUUCUCACUGGUUUCUCACUCACUUCCAUUUAGAUCAUUAUCAAGGACUUACCAAGUCCUUCAGUCAUGGGAUGAUAUAUUGCUCCUUAAUUACAGCAAAGCUAGUCAAUCUGAAAAUUGGAAUUCCAUGGGACAAUAUUCAAGUUUUGCCUCUCCACGAAAAGAUCAAUAUUGCAGGCACAAAUAUAACUUGCUUUGAUGCUAAUCACUGUCCCGGUGCGAUCAUAAUAUUAUUUGAACCGCCCAACGGUAAGCCGGUAUUACACACUGGAGAUUUUCGAUUCUGUGAGGAAAUGAAAGAGCUGUCCAUUCUGCAAGCUUGUCCCGUCCACACUCUCAUCCUCGACACAACCUACUGCAAUCCCCAGUAUGACUUUCCGAAACAGGAGGCGAUAAUCCAGUUUGUCAUUGAUGCCAUCCGAGCUGAAGCUUUCAACCCAAAGACCUUGUUUCUGAUUGGCAGCUAUACCAUUGGAAAAGAAAGGGUGUUUGUAGAGGUUGCUAGAGCACUCAGCAAGAAAAUCUAUGUCGCUGCUGCAAAACUACGCAUCUUGGAAUGUCUUGGUUUUGCACAGGAAGAUAUGCAAUGGUUUACCACAAAUGAACAAGAGAGCCACAUUCACGUCGUUCCCAUGUGGAGUAUCGCUAAUUUCAAGAGACUAGACCAUAUGUCUAAACAUUACAUGGGUCGAUUCAGUCUGAUAGUUGCAUUUUCGCCUACUGGUUGGUCGUUUGGAAAAGGAAAGAAAUCAACUGGAAGAAGGUGGCAGAAGGGCACCAUAAUAAGGUACGAGGUACCAUACAGCGAGCACAGCAGCUUCACGGAGCUGAAGGAGUUCGUUAAAUUCGUAUCUCCUGCAAACAUCAUCCCGAGUGUGAAUAAUCACGGCCCGGAUUCGCAGAGUUCAAUGGUCUCCCAGCUCUUGUCUUAAAACACACUCCAAAUUCAAAUGUAAGCAAACACAUGUAAACAUUAGUAGCUGCAUAAUGAUCCUAGCUACUUCAUUGAUCAACAAUGCAAAAUACAGUCAUAUAUAUGUAAAGAUGCAAGAGUCAUCAUCAGAUAUUGUUUAUAAUCAGUUAAUCUACGUUGUUGUCUUUGCUAUCCUUAA